AUGCCAGCCGGCAUCUUUGCUGGCAAGGACUGUGACUUCUUUUGCAAGAGUCGCAGUGAAGUGGUUGGCAGCAUAGUUAGCUGCGAGCUUGUGAAGAGUAGGAUGCUGGAAAACAAUGUCAAGAACAACUUCAACGUUGCAGAAGAACUCACGGCGCGUCGAGCAACUGUCAUACACAGGAUUUUAAUGGGACUCAACAGCAUCUGGAGAUUGGAACGAACAACGAAGGACGGCUGGUUAGGAGCCUGGUUCAGAACGUACCUUCACUCUGUAGUCAUUGCUUCAAUUCACCGAAAUGACGUGUCCAACAAGAGGGGGAGAACUUGUGCAUCUCAUCGCCGUCACAGAUCCUACUUUCACAAGCAGGACAUUGACGUCUUAAGUCGAGAACAACAGAUUGAAGAUUACGACGACGGUCAUGACACCCAAUGGUUCGGACAGUCCAACUUGCUGAGGCCUCAUCGACGGGAGCUCCUCAUAUCUGACUUAUCAAUAAGGCUGCCAGAAAAGCGCUCCUCGCUGUUCAAGACAGACAGACCGACCCAAUUUUGCCCGAUGGUUUCCCACCGCCAGCUUCAAAUCCAGUGCUCAAAACUACAUAGACGUGCGGUGCUGCUUAGCGUGGAAUGGAAAAAGCUGGUCUGUGCGAUUAGUAUGCCUGUUCUUCGAGUUUUGCCAGCAGCGGAGGCGCAUGGGAAUUUGCUGCUGCAACGGCCCAUUGUGCAAAUAGGCCACCAUUUGCCAUCAAGAGGCUGGCUUUGGAUUAGCCUGAAAAUGAUGACGACCUCCCGACCUGUAGAAGCCACAGGAGAAAACGCCUUGGCGUCGAUGGUGUCCAACCUCCAGGAGCCGGAAGGGGCAGGGAGAGCCGCUGCUCUCAAUCUAGGCUCAUGCAGAGCAGCUACGAGGGGGUGGCAAGGAACUCUUUCAGCAACCACAUCAUGUGCAACAUGUGGUCACAGCUUCGAAGGCACCGAAGAACAGUGGUGUUUUUGGACACCAAUCACCAUCACCAUCCCAAAUUCCAACAAUCCAAGGAACCCGGCGUCUUACAUCCUCAUCUGA